GAUUGACCGUGCCAUGGCAUCAGCGCAGUUUUCGCCGUCCGAAGAGAUUGUGCCCAAGCACGAGACGCUCGCGAGCCACCUCCUCCAGCUCUACCCCGAGUACGACGGUCGCAACACGGUCGUCGCUAUCUUCGACACGGGUGUCGACCCCGGCGCGCCCGGCCUCCAGUUCACGUCCGACGGGAAGCGCAAGAUCAUCGACGUCGUCGACGCCACGGGCUCGAGCGACGUCGACAUGGCGACCGUGCUCUCGCCGACCGACGGCAAGCUCACAUUGGCGUCCGGCAAGGUGCUCACGCUCAACCCGGCCUGGACCGCGACCGAGUUCCGCGUUGGCACCAAGCGCGCGUACGAUCUGUACCCGGACCCGCUCGUCGCGCGCAUCAAGACCGAGCGCAAGGAGAAAUGGGACAUUGCGGACCGCGAAGCUAAAAACGCCGUCCAAUCCGCGCUCGCUGCGUGGACGGCGGCCCACGGCGCAGCGCCGACGCCAGCCGACCUCGAGGCGCGCCUCGACCUCCACGCCCGCCUCGAGCUGCUCGAGAAGACGGCGUUCGAGGACCCGGGUCCGAUCUACGACUGCGUGACCUUCUUUGACGGCACGCAGUGGCGCGCCGCCGUCGAUGCGUCCGAGUCGGGCGACUUGACGUCCGUGCAGGCGAUGACCAACUACCGCGUCGCACACGAGUGGAGCACGUUCGAUGACGCGUCGCAGCUCAAUUAUGCGCUCAACAUUUACGACGACGGCAAGGUGCUUAGCAUCGUCUGCGACGCUGGAUCGCACGGGACGCACGUGGCGGGGAUCGUGGCGGCGUACGAUGCGGCCGACGCCAAGAACAAUGGCGUCGCGCCGGGUGCGCAGAUCGUCUCGGUCAAGAUUGGCGAUUCGCGGCUCGGCAGCAUGGAGACGAUUGUUGGUAUUGCCCGCGGGGCGCUGGCCGUGCUCGACAACAAGUGCGACGUGGUCAACAUGAGCUACGGCGAGUUUGCGUCCACGCACAACAGCGGCCGCACGAUCGACGUGAUCCAAGAGCUCGUCGACCGCCACGGCGUCACGUUUGUGAGCAGCGCCGGCAACGAAGGCCCGGCCCUCGGCACGAUCGGCGCGCCCGGCGGGACCUCGGGGUGCAUUCUUGGCGUCGGUGCGUACGUCUCGCCGGCCAUGAUGGCGGCCGAGUACUCGAUGAAGGACACGCCGUCGAGCGCUGUCGGCCUCUACACGUGGUCGUCGCGCGGCCCGACGUACGACGGCGACGUCGGCGUCAACGUCUGCGCGCCUGGUGGCGCCAUCACGUCUGUGCCCAACUGGACGCUCACGAAGAAGAUGCUCAUGAACGGCACGUCCAUGUCGUCGCCCAACUGCGCUGGCAACGUCGCGCUGCUCAUUAGCGGCCUUAAGGCCCAAGGCAUCGCGUACACGCCGUACUCGCUCCGCCGCGCACUGGAAAACACGGCGAUCUCGGUGCCGACGGCCGAAGCCUUCUCGAUGGGCCGCGGUCUCAUCCAGGUGCUGCCUGCGCUCGAGUACCUCGUGCAGCACGCCAACAACUUUGACGGGAGCAAGAAGUUUCCGCUCUAUCAUGACAUUCGCGUCCCGAGCCGGCACAACGCCCGUGGCAUCUACCUCCGCGAAGUCGCCGAUCUCGCUGACAACAGCCUCGCCGUGGUGGUCACACCGGUGUUUCAUAAGGACGCCGAGAACGCAGACCGCAUUGCGUACGAGACGCACCUUCGCCUCGUGCCAACCAAGCCGUGGAUCCGGUGCGCGGACGCCCUUACGCUCUUGCACCAAGGACGCAACUUUAAGGUGGACGUGGACACGGCUGUCUUGACGCCCGGAGCGCACUAUGGCGAAGUGGUUGCCUACGACCGCGAGAAUCCGAGCCGCGGCGCCGUCUUUCGCAUUCCCGUGACGGUUGUCAAGCCCGAGGUGCUGCCGGCCCCCGAGACGAGCCUGGUCAAGGCCAUGGUCCCCGGUGCGAUUGCGCGCACGUUUUACCACGUACCCGAAGGUGCGACGUGGAUGAACGUGUCGGUGUCGCGCCGCGCCGACGGCUCGGAGCCCAGCCGCGUGCUGUACGUCUUGCACUUGAUGCAGCACGCGCUCCAUGCGCGUCAGAGCGCGACGUCGACGCACCACUAUCUGUAUGUCGACAGCACGGGCGACGUGACGCACAGCUUUCCGGUCCGCGCCGCGUCGACGGUCGAGCUCUGCUUGGCGCAAAACUGGAACUCGAUCGGGGCGACGACCGCGCACAUGGACGUCGCGUUCCAUGGCAUCGAGCCGACGCCGACCGCGGUCCAUUUGGUCGGUGGCGAUGCGUAUGCGCGCGUGGACGUGCGCUGCCCGCUGCGCAACGAAGCGAUUGCGCCCAGCGCCGUCCUCAACAAGUGGACGACGCGUCUGCGUCCGACGUCAUCGGUGGUCUCGCCGCUCGGUCCGCGCGACAAGUUUUCGGAAAACCGCCAGACGUACCAGCUGCUCUUGACGUACACGCUCAAGAUGGCCGAGGAUGGCAAGGUCACGCCGUCGCUACCGCUGGUCAACGGCCGUCUCUACGAGUCGCCGUUCGACGGCCAAAUGCUCUUGGUGUUUGACGAGCAGAAAAAGUACAUGGGCGUUUCGGACGCCUACCCGCGACCGAUCUCGCUCAAGAAGGGCACGUACACGGUCCGCGCGCAGCUCCGGCACCAAGACCCGUCGAUCCUCGAUGGGUUGAAGACCGCUGUGCUGGCCAUCACACGCGACAUCAAGGACGUCGCGAUCACGAUCUACGACAGCCCGGACGGUCCAUCCACAAACGGCAAGGCCGUGGGCACCAAAACGCUCAAGAAGGGCGUGUACUCGACCGUCUUUGUGGGCGAACCAGCGUUCGACAAGCUCCCCAAGGGUCUGGCUGCUGGUGACACGCUCGCGGGCUCGAUCACGUACGGCCAAAAGCACAAUCACUUCAAGGGUGUCUCGCAAAAGCCCGAUGGCUUUCCGCUGACGUACACGGUGCCGUCCGCGCCCACGCCGGUCAAGGAGCCCGAGGCGGUUGUUCCCGAGGACGUGCGCUCGGAAGACGAGCUCGCCAACGACGCGGUGCGCGACCUUCUUGUCGCGCGGCUUGUCAAGCUCCAGGGCAAAGAGGAGUUUCUUGCGCGCUGGACCGCACUCUGCGAGACGUACCCGGCGCACUUGCCUCUUCUCCAGGCGCGGCUCCACCACUACAAGCACGACGCGCACACCGAGAUUGCAGCGGCAGCCGACGCUGUGCUCGCUGCCAUCGACGCGGACGCACUGGCAGCCCACUACGGGCUCAAGCUGCUUCCCAACGACGCGGCGGCCGCGAAAGUGCGCAAGACCAAGGAUGCUGAGAAGGCGGCGCUCGUGGAUGCGCUGAGCCGCAAGGCGCGCGCGCUCGGUACCGCGGGCGACGUCGAUGGUUUCCAGGCCGCGUUUACCGCGCUGCAGCAGUGGGCCGACGUUUCCGAGGCAGCGCAUGUGCACGCAAGCCUGCUCCAGCACGCGGCGCACCCGGGCUUGGCGUUGCAGCGACUCCAGAAGCUCGAUGCGCUGGCCAUGGACGAGCGCGAGAAGCACUUGACGCAGCGUGACUUGCACAAGGCGCGCAUCGACCUCUACACAUCGCUCGGGUGGAAGCACUAUGCUUCGUACGCGGCCAACUGGCAAGUGCUCAACGCGCCGGCCGACUAUGCGCUCUUUUAAACGCUCGAUUGCGUUGGAAUCGCUUGAAGUGGCUUCCAAA